AUGAAUCUGAUUUUCGUACUCUUCUUCCUGCUCGUUGCUGGGGCGAUGGGCCAGAUGGGCGCGUAUCGGCAGAUGUAUUCGUCGGCGCUCGCACCUGUGCAGGCAUACGUGGCGAGCCCGCACGUCAUAGCGCCCGUCUCUCCACCGUGGCCACUAAACAACCCGACGGCAGCGAUGCAGCGCUACCUCGGCGCGCUGUCGAACCACGACGGCUACAUCAGCCCCGAUGCUGGUGCGCACCUCCAGAGCGUCCGCAACAACGUUCGUACCGUCGUCGAGCACGCUAACAGUCCCAAUGCCCGUGCCUACCAACGCGGAUUGUUGGCGGUGUUGGAGGAGGCGGGAAAUACGGCCAAGUGGGAGAUGCAGACUGCACUGCAUCCGGACAAUGUACGUGCGCAGCAUAAGACGGCACUGAGCGCGUUGUCGGCCAAGAUUACGAAUUUGCUCAACGCGGUCGAGGCAGAUACGCAGCGUUUGGUGAGCCAGCUAUCCGAGGCCGAAUCGGAACGCUUCCUGCUUGCCCAUGAGCUGCUGAGAGCCGAAAAACAGCUGCUCAACGCUGCCUCCCGACUAGCUACCAGUACGCCCGACCUGUAG